AUGGGAAUGAAAGCGCGCUGCCAAUGCGGCCAGAUCCAAUUCACCACGCCAACCGACAAACCCCUAAAACUCUGGAUCUGCCACUGCACCGAAUGCCAGCACCAAAGCUCCUCCGCAUUCGGCAUCACCGCCACAUUCCCGUACUUCGAGCUCCCGGAGUCCGCGUCGGGUCUGGUGGACAGCUACACGCGCGUCACGCUCAAGGGGCGCGAAUUGGAGUGUCUUUUCUGCAGGGGGUGUGGCGCGCGGCUUUUGCAUCGCUUCCGGGAUGCGGUGCCUGCGCCGGGCGAACAGCCGGCGUUUUCGGCGAUUACGAAUGUUAAGGGGGGCUGUUUGGAGGAUUUGGAUAGGGGGAUGAUGAGGACGGCUGUGCAUAUUUGGUGUCAGCAUGCUGUUGUUGAUAUUCCCGAUGGUGUGGAGAGGUGGGAACAGGAGCCGCCGAAGCCGAAUCCGUUGGUUACUUAG